CUCAUUGCAUUUCUUUUCAUUUCCCUCACAAAAUCUUCACAAUCUCCUCCUCCUCUUCCUUCCCUGUGUUACGAAGGAAGGAGGAAAAUAAAAAUAUAUAUAAAGAAAAAAGCGUUUUCGUUUUCAUUUUCGAUUCCCGAAACGCCUGCUGUUUCUCCUCCUUUGUGAAAUGUCUUUUGUUCCUCAGACGGUUGCUCUCACUGUUCUCUCGCUUCCUGUCAUUGCCUCGUCCUGCUUCUUUUUGCUUUAAACUUGUCGGCGUGAGUCCAAUUUCUAUUCCCAAUAUAGAGUUGAAAUGUUCGAGAUCUAAUUAGAGCCAUCGUGACGGCGUUCAUGUGGGUUUUUCGAUUUAAGCUGACAUGGAAACCGGGACUAUUUUCACUGACUGGUGGGGUUCUUAUUCUUAGAGGUGAGAAUCAAUCAAGGGGUUGAAUAUCUGGAGAUUUCAUUUUCUGGGGUGAUCUUGUUUGUGAUGGAACAGAUGAGGAUUGAGGUGGGUCUGGGAGGCAUGUUGUGGAACGAGGACGAACGAGACAUGGUUGCGGCGGUUCUGGGCACUCAAGCCUUCGAUUACCUGGUAAACCACUCAGUUUCGAAUGAGAAUCUGUUAAUGGCCAUGGUGACAGACGAGAAUCUCCAAAAGAAGCUGUCGGAUCUCGUGGAGCGUUCAAACGUAUCGAAUUUCACCUGGAACUAUGCCAUUUUCUGGCAAAUUUCUCAGUCAAAAUCCGGCGAGUGGGUUCUGGGUUGGGGCGAUGGGUGUUGCAGAGAACCCGAUGACGGAGAAGAAGAGGGAUUCAAAGGAAUCCUGAGCCUUCGCGUGGAGGACGGGGUGCAGCAAAGGAUGAGGAAGAGGGUGUUGCAGAAGCUUCACACGACCUUUGGCGGUUCAGAAGAAGACAAUUACGUGUACGGAUUAGACCGUGUGACUGAUACUGAGUUGUUCUUUCUCGCUUCCAUGUACUUCUCUUUCCCUCGUGGCUAUGGAGGUCCAGGUAAGUGUCUUGCAUCUGGUAAGCAUUUAUGGCUCACGGAUGCACAGAAAUCUCCAGUUGAGUACUGUGUGAGAUCAUUUCUGGUUAAAUCAGCUGGAAUCCAGACCGUGGUUUUGAUCCCUACUGAUAGGGGCGUGGUGGAACUGGGUUCCGCCAAGUUGGUCAAAGAGAACUUAGAAUUGUUGCAGGCAAUCAAAUCGGAGUUCUCCAUUGAAUCCACAUUCCCGAGGGCUAACAAGUCAAUUCCGCCGCCUCAUCCUCCUCUGGCUCCGGCGACGACGGGGAGAAGAGAUGAACUCACCAUAUUUCCGGCCUUAACCGCUUCUGACAAAGUUGAAGUAGUCCCGAAGAUUUUUGGGCAGGAUUUGAACAAGGCCAACCCGGUUCGAACCAAUCAUUUCAGAGAGAAACUUGCUAUCAGGAAAAUGGAGGAGAGGCCAUGGUUAGGUGGAGGAGGAGGAGGUCAUCAACCCAAUGGGCUUCAUCCUCGCAAUGGUGUUCCACCUUCAAGCUGGACACCGGCUAACAAUGGCGUGAGGCAAGGCAGUCCUGUUGAAAGUUAUGCACCUAGAUUGUCGACGAGCAAUGUGCCGGUUCUGGACCUUGUUAAUGGGGUUAAUAAUUAUCAGGUACAAAGGAAAGCGCCAAUGCAGAUUGAUUUCUCAGGAGCUACUUCCAGGUCUGCUGUGACUGCUGUGAGACCCAAUGGCGGCGAAUCAGAGCAAUCUGAUGCUGACGCUUCGUUCAGGGAGGAGCUGCCGGGCGGAGGAGGAGGAGCCGAUGAAAGGCGGCCGAGGAAGCGCGGAAGAAAGCCGGCAAACGGGAGGGAAGAACCUCUGAACCAUGUGGAAGCUGAGAGGCAAAGGCGCGAGAAGCUGAACCAACGGUUCUAUGCUUUGCGAGCUGUGGUGCCUAAUAUCUCCAAGAUGGACAAAGCCUCUUUGCUGGGAGACGCCAUCGCCUACAUCAAUGAGCUCCAGGCCAAACUCAAGGCCAUGGAAUCUGAGAAAGAGAUAAUACUUGGAAGCACUUCGACUUCAAGGGAUUCAUCAACGGAGCCCAACUUUAUACAGAUUAAUCAAACUCGUCCACAAGUGGAAAUCCAAGCUGGCGGCGACGAGGUCAUUGUGCGGGUGAUCUCACCAAUCAAUUCUCACCCAGUCUCAGGAGUGAUCAAAGCGCUUAAAGAAGCAAACGUGAAUGUCUUGGAUUCAAAACUCGCUGCCGCAGGUGAAGCCGUGUUCCAUACGUUCGUGAUCAAGCCUCAAGGACCUGAGCAGCUGACAAAGGAGAAGUUGAUUGCUGCAUUUUCCGGCGAAUCCAACUUAUCGCAGCCAUUAUCAUUGACUGGCCAUUAACAUAGAGUCCCAUAGGCAUGAAUAUGAUACAUAGAGAAGAACAAGAAUCAGUCUCUGAAAGAGGUUGCUCAGAAAUUUUGUUAUACAGCAACAGGGGUAGUAGCAGUAGAAUCAUCUCUAUUAUUUUAACCAGGUAGAGCAGCAAAUUUAAGUGUUGUCUAUAGUUUUUAUUUAUACACAGGGUUAUUAGUAGUGUAAGCAGUAUUCCUGCAGGUUCCUUUCUUUCUUUCUUUCUUCCUCCUUCUUUCCUAGUUUAGCUCUACAUGGUUAAAGCCUUGUUUUCCUUUUUCAGUUCUAGAUGCUAAAGUUCUUGUAUUCAUCCAAGAUCUGUGCAUAAGAGUAAAAGUAUUAGUAAAUUCUUCAACUGCUAGUGUCACCUUAGAAUCAGAUCUCAAGUACAGUUCAGGCACUCAAAAAGAUCUGUUAUUUUGCCACCAAGAGUGCUUAAAUUAACUGUCCUGAAAA